AUGCAAACCAACCUUAAGACUAAAGAAAUGUUUAUAGUCAGGGCAUUGGAAAAGAUUUUAGCCGACAAAGACAUCAAGCGGUCCUACCAUAGUCAGCUAAAAAAGUCAUGCGAAGUUGCUCUUGAGGAAAUAAAGGCAGAAUUAAAAAAUGGAGGUCAACCAGAAUCAUCUGAAAGUCCAACAUCGGGCACAUUGCCUUUACCCAAGAAUGAUGCCUCCAACAUUAUCACAGCAGAAAAAUACUUCCUUCCAUUUGAAUUGGCAUGUCAGAGUAAAGCAGCUAGAAUAGUUGUGACAGCAUUAGAUUGUCUUCAAAAGCUAAUUGCAUAUGGCCAUUUGACUGGAAAUAUCCCAGAUUCUACAACACCUCGUAAACUUCUUAUAGAUAGAAUUGUAGAAACUAUAUGUAGCUGUUUUAAUGGGCCACAAACAGAUGAAGGAGUUCAGUUGCAGAUAAUUAAAGCUCUGCUUACUGUUAUCACAAGUCAACAUGUUGAAGUUCACGAAGGAACUGUGCUUCUUGCAGUCAGAACUUGCUAUAAUAUUUAUUUGGCCAGCAAGAACCUUAUCAACCAAACUACGGCCAGAGCUACCCUCACGCAAAUGCUGAAUGUCAUUUUCACAAAGAUGGAGAACCAGGCUUUAGAGACAGAUUGUAAUACAAAUACCCAGUCUAAUGAUAUCUUCCAUAAAAUGCCUAAUGGAAAUGUUGUAACAAAUGAAACCACUAAUGUAUCAGAUGAAAAUAAAGAAACAACCAACAAAGAGGAAACUGAUGAAGUUUUAGAGGCUAAAAUUAUUGCAAGACAAAUUGUGGAUUCUGUUAUUGAUAAUGCUAUAUCUAUAGCAAAUAAAAAGUCUGAGGUCAAUAAUGAAAGUGUACCUGAUAAUAAUGAAAUUCCUUCCGACUCUCAAGACAGCCAUAGCGUCUCUCAAGAGAGCAAUGGCCAAGUGCAAAGUGAAACCCCAAUUCCAAGAAUACCAUCACAAGAAAGUGUAGAUGUUGUAUCAGAGAAUGAUAAUUCAGUUACAGCCAAGUUCACGCAUGUCUUACAAAAAGAUGCAUUCCUAGUAUUUAGAGCAUUAUGCAAGCUAUCCAUGAAGCCGUUACCUGAAGGCACACCUGAUCCUAAGUCACACGAGUUGAGAUCCAAAGUAUUAUCUUUACACCUUCUUUUGUCUAUUUUGCAAAAUGCAGGUCCAGUAUUUAGAAACAAUGAAAUGUUUAUAACAGCCAUCAAGCAAUAUCUAUGUGUGGCUUUAUCUAAAAACGGUGUCAGCUCUGUUCCUGAAGUGUUUGAGCUAUCACUAGCUAUCUUCUUAGCUUUGCUGCAGAACUUCAAAGUUCAUCUUAAAAAACAAAUAGAGGUGUUCUUUAAGGAAAUAUUUAUGAACAUUUUAGAAACCACUAGUUCCACAUUUGAACAUAAAUGGAUGGUUAUACAGGCUCUAACUAGGAUCUGUGGGGAUGCUCAGAGUGUUGUUGAUAUCUAUGUGAACUAUGAUUGUGACCUGUCGGCUGCAAACUUGUUUCAAAGAUUAGUUAAUGAUGUAUCAAAAAUUGCACAAGGCAGGCAAGCUGUAGAACUGGGUGCAACACCUAACCAAGAAAAGUCGAUGAGAAUAAGAGGUUUAGAAUGCCUUGUGUCCAUAUUAAAGUGCAUGGUUGAGUGGAGCAAAGAGUUGUAUAUAAAUCCCAAUAUGCAGACUACAUUGGGAGAGAGGCCUGUGAAAGAAGAAUCUGACCACCAUAGUAUUAAGUCCCAUGGAGGAUCAAGUGUCAGUCUAAUUUCUACUGGAUCAAGUAACAUUGGUAACAGGGAGACUCUUGAUUCUCCGGAGCAAUUCGAAGUUUUAAAACAGCAAAAGGAAGUAUGGGAAACAGGAAUAGACCUUUUUAAUAGAAAACCGAAAAAAGGUGUGGCUUUUUUGCAAGAACAAAACUUAUUAGGAACCUCUAUAAAGGAAAUUGCCGAAUGGCUAUUGACAGACGAACGACUUGACAAGACAUUUAUUGGCGAAUAUCUCGGAGAAAACGAUGAUCACUCCAAAGAGGUGAUGUACGCUUACGUUGACUCAAUGAAUUUCGGAAAUAUGGAUAUCGUGGCUGCCCUACGUCAUUUUCUUGAAGGGUUUAGGUUGCCAGGAGAAGCACAAAAAAUUGACAGAUUAAUGGAAAAGUUCGCUGCACGUUAUUGUGAGUGUAACCCGAACAACACGUUAUUUAUAAGCGCUGACACUGUUUACGUAUUGGCUUUCUCCAUUAUUAUGCUCACGACCGAUUUGCAUUCCCCACAAGUUAAGACUAAGAUGACCAAGGAACAAUACAUCAAACUGAAUAGUGGAAUAAGUGAUAAUAGUGAUUUACCUCGCGAGUAUUUAUCCCAGAUAUAUGACGAAAUAGCUGGACACGAGAUUAAAAUGAAGAAUACUUCUAAGCCAGGUAAGCACAUGAUCUCUAACGAAAAAAAGCGUAAAUUCAUUUGGAACAUGGAGAUGGAACAAAUAUCAACCGCCGCUAAAAGUCUGAUGGAGUCAGUGUCGCAUGUCCAGACUCCUUUCACGACAGCAAAACACGUCGAACAUGUGCGGCCUAUGUUUAAAAUGGCGUGGACUCCAUUUUUAGCUGCCUUCUCAGUGGGUCUUCAAGACUGUGAUGACCCUGAGAUAGCUUCAUUGUGCUUAGACGGCAUUAGAUGUGCGAUCAGAAUAGCCUGUAUUUUCCACAUGUCACUUGAAAGAGAUGCUUACGUACAGGCCUUGGCUCGAUUCACUCUUUUGACAGCUAAUUCUCCCAUCACCGAAAUGAAAGCUAAGAACAUUGACACAAUAAAAACACUGAUAACAGUGGCACAUACUGACGGAAACUAUUUGGGGUCGAGUUGGUUAGAUGUCGUUAAAUGUAUUUCACAGCUUGAAUUAGCUCAACUUAUUGGUACGGGAGUUCGACCACAGUUUUUGUCGGGAUCGAGUAUAAAACCACAGCCGGAUGCCUUAAAAUUUAGUCUUAUGGCGCUAGAUCCCAGUGUAAAAGAGCACAUAGGGGAGACUAGUUCGCAGAGCGUUGUAGUCGCCGUCGACCGAAUAUUUACUGGGUCGACGAGAUUAGACGGCGACGCUAUCGUCGACUUUGUAAAAGCCCUUUGUCAAGUGUCCCUCGACGAGUUAAGCCAUCCGUCGAACCCUCGCAUGUUUUCGUUACAAAAAAUUGUCGAGAUAUCAUAUUACAAUAUGGGAAGAAUUAGGCUUCAGUGGUCACGCAUUUGGCAAGUCCUCGGAGACCAUUUCAAUAAAGUCGGAUGCAGUAGUAAUGAAGACAUAGCAUUCUUUGCGGUAGAUUCGUUGCGACAGCUCUCAAUGAAAUUCAUAGAAAAGGGUGAAUUUGCUAAUUUCAAAUUCCAAAAAGACUUCUUACGGCCUUUCGAACACAUAAUGAAGAAAAACAGUUCGCCCACAAUCAGGGACAUGGUGGUUCGAUGUAUUGCGCAAAUGGUCAAUUCACAAGCACCUAAUAUCAAAUCCGGUUGGAAAAACAUAUUUUCAGUUUUCCAUUUGGCAGCUAGCGAUCAAGAUGAGGCGAUCGUUGAUUUAGCAUUCCAAACGACGGGUAAAAUUAUAACAGACUUAUACGAAAAACAAUUCCCGGCCAUGAUAGAUUCAUUCCAGGAUGCCGUUAAGUGCUUAUCGGAAUUCGCGUGUAACGCCAAAUUCCCCGAUACGUCAAUGGAAGCCAUAAGACUAGUCAGAUCGUGCGCCACCGCAGUCGGUGCUUCGCCACAUCUAUUCGCCGAGCACGCUGGCCUCGAAGGGGAGCCUGGUGCUCCAGAAGAGGAUAGAGUGUGGCUCCGGGGUUGGUUUCCUCUACUGUUCUCUCUCUCUUGCGUCGUCAGUCGCUGCAAGCUGGACGUGCGCACUAGAGGUCUUACGGUCCUCUUUGAAAUCAUCAAAACGCACGGCGACGCAUUCCGACCUCACUGGUGGAGAGAUCUGUUCAACAUACUAUUCAGAAUUUUCGACAAUAUGAAGUUACCCGAACACCAACUUGAGAAAAACGAAUGGAUGACUACAACGUGCAACCACGCGCUGUAUGCAAUCGUAGAUGUCUUCACGCAAUACUUUGACGUUCUCGGUUCUCUGUUGCUGGAGCAACUGUUUGCGCAAUUGCACUGGUGCGUGCAACAGGACAACGAACAACUCGCCAGAUCGGGCACGAACUGUUUGGAAAAUCUAGUCAUAUCGAACGGCACCAAGUUCAAUGAAGACACGUGGAGCAAGACGUGUCAGAUAAUGUUGGAUAUAUUCAACAGCACUCUGCCCACGACCCUUCUUACCUGGAAGCCAGAAGAAAACGAGGACGGGGAAGCCUCGCACGUUCGUCAUGGCAUUCUCAAAAAGCCACAAGGAGGAGACGAAAUAAAGUCCUCUAACCGCGUCUUCAACAGCCUUCUGAUAAAAUGUGUCGUUCAGUUGGAACUAAUUCAGACUAUAGACAAUAUCGUGUUCUACCCUGCCACGUCUAGAAAGGAAGACGCGGAGACAUUGGCGCUCGCGGCCGCCGAGUUGACCGGGGGGCACCCGGGCACCGAACAGGAAUGUCAGCGUGAAGAACAAGGCAUGUACAGACUAUUGAGUUCCCCGCACCUGCUACGGCUAGUGGAAUGCCUCAUGUGCAGUCAUCGGUUCGCCAAAACUUUCAAUACUAAUAACGCGCAAAGGAACGUCCUGUGGAAAGCCAAUUUCAAGGGAUCGGUGAAACCUAAUAUGCUGAAACAGGAGACGCAGUCGCUGGCGUGCGUAUUGCGGAUACUGUUUAAAAUGUACAGCGACGAGACGCGGCGAAGUCAUUGGCCCGCGGUGCAGAAAAGCCUUAUAACUAUAUGCUGUGAAGCCCUGGAAUACUUUGCGGGACUCAAUAAUGAGGCCCAUCGGGACGCGUGGACGUCCAUUCUUCUUCUCAUAUUGACGCGGAUAUUGAAGAUGCCCGACGAAAGGUUUGCGGCGCAUGUAUCCAACUACUACCCACUACUCUGCGAGAUAACUUGCUUCGACCUGAAGCCGGAGUUGCGUUCUGUCUUGAGACGGGUCUUUAUAAGGAUCGGUCCAGUAUUCAACAUCGUCUCCAACAGUCAGUAA